UUUCUGAUAUUUUCAGCGAUAUUGAAGAUUGUUUCAUCCGUGCUGCAGCUGGGUAAUAUUUGCUUCAAAAAGGAGCGAAACACUGACCAGGCUUCGAUGCCGGAUAACACAGUUGCACAGAAGGUGUGUCACCUGCUGGGUAUGAACGUGACUGACUUCACCAGAGCCAUCCUGAGUCCUCGCAUCAAAGUUGGGCGUGACUACGUGCAGAAGGCACAGACCAAGGAGCAGGCUGACUUUGCUGUCGAAGCUUUAGCCAAAGCCAUGUAUGAACGGCUGUUUCGCUGGUUACUCAUUCGUAUCAACAAAGCCCUGGACAGGACCAAGAGGCAAGGUGCCACAUUCCUCGGAAUUCUUGAUAUUGCCGGCUUUGAGAUAUUCCAGGACAAUUCCUUUGAGCAGCUCUGCAUCAAUUACACCAAUGAGAAGCUGCAGCAGUUAUUCAACCACACCAUGUUCAUUCUGGAGCAGGAAGAGUACCAGAGAGAGGGCAUUGAAUGGAACUUUAUUGACUUUGGCCUGGAUCUGCAGCCCUGCAUUGAACUGAUUGAGAGAGUGACAAACCCACCAGGUAUUCUGUCUUUGUUGGAUGAGGAAUGUUGGUUCCCCAAGGCCACAGACAAGUCAUUUGUGGAGAAGGUGGUUCAGGAACUGGGUAACCACACAAAAUUCGCCAAACCUAAGCAACUGAAGGAUAAGGGAGACUUCUGUAUAGUUCAUUACGCUGGCAAGGUGCCUUACAAUGCAGGAAACUGGCUGACCAAGAACAUGGAUCCAUUAAAUGAUAAUGUCGCUUCACUGCUCAACCAAUCAUCUGAUAAAUACGUAGCAGAACUAUGGCGAGAUGUGGAUCGUAUUGUUGGAUUGGACCAAGUGGCUAAAAUGAGUGAAAGUAUCCAGGGAGCCUCAAAAACAAAGAAGGGCAUGUUCCGCACGGUGGGCCAGUUGUACAAGGAGCAGCUGGGCAAACUCAUGACAACGCUGCGAAACACCAGCCCCAACUUUGUGCGCUGUAUCAUUCCAAACCACGAAAAGAGAGCCGGAAAACUGGAUGCCCACCUGGUGUUGGAGCAGCUGCGGUGCAAUGGUGUUCUGGAAGGGAUCAGAAUCUGCCGACAGGGAUUCCCAAACAGGAUUAUCUUCCAGGAAUUCCGCCAGAGAUACGAAAUCCUAACACCAGGUGCCAUUCCAAAAGGGUUCAUGGAUGGGAAGCAGGCCUGUGUACUUAUGAUCAAAUCCCUGGAACUCGAUUCUAACCUGUUCAGAAUUGGACAGAGUAAGAUCUUCUUCCGAACUGGAGUUCUGGCUCACCUGGAAGAGGAGAGAGACCUGAAAAUUACAGACAUCAUCAUUUCUUUCCAAGCUCGAAGCCGAGGCUACCUGGCCAGAAAGGCCUUUGCUAAACGACAGCAGCAGCUCAAUGCGAUGAAAGUCAUUCAGAGAAACUGUGCGGCUUACCUUAAACUACGGAACUGGCAAUGGUGGAGACUAUUCACAAAGGUUAAACCACUUCUCCAGGUCACUCGCCAGGAGGAGGAGAUGCAACUGAAAGAAGAUGAACUGCAGAGAACCAAAGAAAAACAGCACAAGACCGAGAUCAGUCUGUCAGAACUUGAAAAGAAACACGCUCAGAUAAUGGAGGAGAAGACCACUCUUCAGGAGCAACUGCAAGCCGAGACAGAGCUCUAUGCUGAGGCUGAGGAGAUGAGGGUCCGCUUGGAAUCCAAAAAGCAAGAGCUGGAGGAGAUUCUCCACGAGAUGGAGGCGAGGAUUGAAGAGGAGGAAGACCGGAAUCAGCAAAUGCUAACGGAAAAAAAGAAAAUGCAAACCCAGAUCCUGGAGAAGAAAAUUCUAGAAGAGAGAAUAGCUGACUUUACGACCAAUCUUGCAGAGGAGGAAGAAAAGGCAAAGAACCUGACAAAACUGAAGAAUAAACAUGAAUCUAUGAUUUCAGAACUGGAAGUACGGCUCAAGAAGGAAGAGAAGACCAGACAAGAGCUGGAGAAACUGAAGAGGAAGUUAGAGGGAGAGGGUGCAGAUCUCCACGACCAACUCGCAGAACUUCAACAGCAAAUCGCUGAACUUAAGAUGCAACUUGCCAAGAAAGAGGAAGAGUUACAGGCAGCUAUGAGCAGGCUGGAUGAGGAAAUCGCACUAAAGAAUAAUGCUCUGAAGAAAAUCCGAGAGUUGGAAGCCUUUAUUUCAGACCUUCAGGAAGAUCUGGACUCAGAGAAGUCAGCUCGGAACAAAGCAGAGAAACAGAAAAGGGAUCUGGGAGAAGAGCUGGAAGCCCUGAAGACAGAGCUUGAAGAUACUUUGGACAGCACUGCAACACAGCAAGAGUUAAGAGCCAAGAGAGAACAUGAGGUUUCGGAAAUGAAACGUGCUCUAGAGGAAGAGACACGAUCACAUGAGGCUCAGAUUCAUGAAAUGCGACAGAAACAUGGUCAAGCGAUAGAAGAAGUAACAGAGCAUCUGGAACAAGCAAAACGGGCAAGGGCAAACCUUGAGAAAAACAAGCAGGCUCUGGAAAAAGAGAACAAUGAGCUUUCAAAUGAGGUGCGGUCUCUGUCCACAGCGAAAGCAGAAAUCGAGCACAAGAAGAAGAAGUUGGAGAGCCAAGUGCAGGAGUUCCAGGUGAAGGUGGCAGAUGGAGAACGUGCUCGGGCUGAACUCAACGAGAAAGUGCACAAGCUGCAGAAUGAGCUUGACAAUGUUACCACCAUCCUAAACGAUGCUGAGGGCAAGUCAAUUAAACUUGCGAAGGAUGUGUCGAGUCUUGGUUCCCAGCUUCAGGACACACAGGAACUACUCCAGGAAGAGACUCGUCAAAAAUUGAACUUGUCCACCCGGCUGCGCCAGUUAGAGGACGACAAGAAUAAUCUCCAGGAACAGUUGGAUGAAGAGAGUGAAGCCAAGAGGAAUCUGGAGCGUCAGAUAUCCACUCUGACUGGUCAGCUGUCAGACGCUAAGAAGAAGUUGAACGAAGAUGCGUCUGCCCUGGAUGGGCUUGAAGAAGGGAAGAAGAAACUUCAGCGGGAAAUCGAAGCGAUUACCCAGAACUUUGAGGAAAAGGCAGCAGCAUAUGACAAACUGGAGAAGACCAAGAACAGGCUGCAGCAGGAACUUGAUGACCUCUUGGUGGACCUGGACAAUCAGCGGCAACUCGUUUCCAACUUAGAGAAGAAGCAGAAGAAGUUUGAUCAGAUGCUAGCGGAAGAGAAGAAUAUUUCUGCUCGGUACGCAGACGAAAGGGACAGGGCAGAGGCUGAUGCUCGGGAAAAGGAGACAAAGGCCCUGGCUUUGACCCGAGCCUUGGAUGAGGCUUUACAAUGCAAAGAGGACCUGGAGAGAGUCAACAAGCAGCUACGGGCUGAGAUGGAAGAUAUCAUGAGCUCAAAGGAUGAUGUUGGAAAGAAUGUCCACGACCUGGAGAAAUCGAAACGUGCCUUGGAUCAGCAAGUGGAGGAGAUGAAGACCCAGUUGGAAGAACUUGAAGAUGAGCUCCAGGCGACAGAGGAUGCCAAGUUGCGGCUGGAAGUGAAUCUGCAGGCCCUAAAAACACAGUUUGAACGUGAACUACAGGCCAGAGAUGAGCAAAAUGAGGAAAAGAGGAGGCAGCUGGUCAAACAGGUCCAUGAGCUUGAGAGUGAACUGGAAGAUGAACGUAAACAGCGCACAGUAGCAGCAGCAGCUAAGAAGAAGCUGGAGAUUGAUCUCAGUGACCUUGAGGGCCAAGUCGAAGUGGCCAUCAAAGGCCGUGAGGAUGCCAUCAAACAACUGAAGAAACUCCAGGCUCAGAUGAAGGAUUAUCAGCGGGAACUUGAAGAUGCUCGGAAUUCCCGGGAAGAGGUCCUGGCCCAGGCUAAAGAGAACGAGAAAAAAGCCAAGAACCUGGAGGCUGACCUGUUGCAAGUCCAGGAGGAUUUGGCAGCAGCAGAGCGUGCUCGCCGUCAUGCUGAGCAGGAGAAAGAGGAGCUCGCUGAGGAAUUGGCAGGGAAUGUUUCUGGAAAGUCCGCACUUCUGGAUGAGAAACGGCGCCUGGAGACUAGAAUAUCACAGAUGGAGGAAGACCUGGAAGAGGAGCAGGGUAACAUGGAAACGCUGAAUGAUCGUCUCAGGAAGGUUAUACAGCAGUCGGAGCAGCUAUCAAACGAGCUGGCCGCUGAGCGCAGCGCCAGCCAGAAGAACGAGAGUUCCCGUCAGCAACUCGAGAGGCAGAACAAGGAGCUUAAGGCCAAGCUGCAAGAAAUGGAAGGGACAGUCAAGUCCAAGUUCAAAUCAACCAUCACUGCCCUGGAGUCAAAGAUUGCCCAGUUAGAAGAACAACUGGAGGCUGAAGUAAAGGAGAAACAAGCAACCACCAAGGCAGCUCGGCGGACAGAGAAGAAACUGAAGGAGACCCUGUUGCAGGUGGAAGAUGAGAGAAGACAUGGAGAGCAAUAUAAAGAACAGGCCGAGAAGACUAACACACGGAUGAAGCAACUGAAGCGGCAGCUGGAAGAGUCCGAGGAGGAAUCUCAGCGGAUUAAUGCAGCCCGCCGCAAACUCCAGCGGGAACUGGAAGAGACCACGGAGAUGAACGAAGCCAUGACCCGUGAAUGUAACACGCUGAAGAACAAACUCAGACGGGGAAACGAGCCAGUAUUGAGUGGAACACGGAGAUCUGGUGGCAGACGUGGAGUAAUUGAUAACACUUCACUGGAGAACUCUGAUGAAGAUGCUGGGGGACGAGAUAUGGACUUCAAUGGUACAAAAUCAAAUGAGUAACGACAGAGUAAUUACGGUAUAAGAAGGGGGGGGGGAAGAGAUUCAAAAGACUGUUAAAAAAGUCACACUCUUAUGUUAUUAACAGGGCACUUUUAUUUCCAUUUAUAAAACUAUUCCUUCACACUUAAAAAAAACUUUCACAUGCAUGUAGACAAAACUAUUUUAGUUUGCUAAAUAUUUUACAUGUAUCAGAGUUUCAAAUAAUAUGCUAGCAUUUAAAACUUACUGUAAAAUUGAAAUGUUAAAGUAUGUAAUCCUUAUGUGCACUGCCCGGAUGGGUUAGGAUUUUAAAAUGGUAUUUUGUUGCUAAACCAUAAAUGAAAUAGCACCAGAAGUAUAAAAGUUCACUCUUCCCUUCCCAAAAGGAUUUGGUCGUAUUCAGUAGGACCAUGUUAUCAGAGGUGUAUGGUGUACUUUGUGUCUUCAUAGGAAGAGUCAAAUACAUUUCUGUACCAUUUACAACACAAUCACAAUACACCAGACCACCACAACACAGGUCACAUCAUUCUAUUAAACUGCUUUAUUCAGCCACCUGAACUACUGGAUUUGAAAAUAAACUAUUAUUUGCAGUAAUAUAUUCAUGCUAAACUUAAUCCGCAAAGAGUUUUUGAAAUUGUUUAUGACCCACUAUCACAAAUAAAGGAAUUUGUAUCACAA